CAUGCCGGCGGCCGACAUACGCGUGCUUCGGUUCCUGUCCCUGGAGAUGAUACUUGCUACAGAUCUGGCCAAGCAUUUCGACAUGAUCCGCACGUUCAAGGCGAAUGUGUCCAACGGCAAGAUCUUCAUGAAGACACGCGAAGAUCGUCUUAGCGUCAUGCAGAUGUGCAUCAAGCUGGCGGACAUCAACGGGCCAGCCAAGUGUGGCCCGUUGUAUCGCAAGUGGGCCUACCUGAUCUGCGAAGAGUUCUAUGACCAAGGUGAAGAGGAAGCAAAGCUGGACCUGCAGAUCUCACCGUACAUGGAUAGGCACAACCCUCUCCUGCCCAAACUGCAGACGUCGUUCAUCGUGAACCUCCUGCAGCCGCUCCUGGCGGCGUACGCUAGUGCUGGCUUCAUGCCCGGUCCGUAUGAGCUUAAUGAGACGUAUGACCUGGACGAGAAUGUAGAAGAAGCUGCAGCUGCCAGCACCUGCGGUGAUGAUCAAGCAAAGAGCACCUUAGGAGAGCUCCACAGCAUGGUUGUCAGUCAGAUUGUCAAGAAUGCUCAAGACAAUGAGAAUUUCUGGAAAAACGUGAUGAAGAAAGAGGAGGAAGAGAAAAAGAAGCGUGAAGACGAAUUAUUUUCGUCGCCGGCGCCCAUGGAAGUGUAAAUCGCUUCGGCUUGAAUGAGACUUGAACUUGUAUUAUUGGAACAGUGACGUGUUAUGCGAGUGCACCAAGUAGUCAUGUUAUCCACUUCUCUCUGUAUGGCGGGCACGGCAUGUUUAUGAAGUGUCCCCGAGAGAAAGAAAGAGAGAGAUGACUUGAGACUUACCUGUAUAUAUUUUCCUUGUCUUGAGAUGACUUUUAUUUAGCACGGUGACGGCUCAUGAUGUGUGUAUCUGUGCCGACCGUCUCCAUUGACAAAACCUGCAGCUCUUGACUUGUCUUCUUCGCAUUGAGAUCGUUAAUCCCUGUGCACUCUCUGCACUGCCUAUCGAACCUGCGUUGUCCUUUUUCCCUUGUCAUCGUCGUUGUUGUCUACACUCUUUACCCAAGCUCUAGUGUCGUACCGAGUGUCUAUUAUAUAUUUUUUAUGUGCUGAGUGUCGUAUCAUUUUUAUCUCUGGAUACUUUGUUACUGCAUAGGUCUGUUUAGUGUCGACUAGUGAUGAUGCUGUCGUACCUAGCUGCUGUAUCGUCAAGCAACCCUUCCACUGCUGCCCCUCCAUGACCUGGCAAUAGCUGUCUUUUCUCUCAUGUUGAAUUUUGGAAUGUCUUUAGGUUUCUGUAGUGUAUUGAACGCUGCAUCUGUGAUUUCAUGAUUGUCAA